UUUCUUCCACUGUUAUCUGCCAGGAAUACAAAGAAACACUGAUGAUUAAUGAGAUGAUUGGCUUUAAAAAAAGUAAAAGAAAAUGUUUUCAAUUUUGAAACAGUACAGGGGAUAUACGACAAUGAACCAGCCUAAUAUAGCAUAAAAUAAACAAGUGAAUAAAUGAAUAAAAAUAAAGCACAAAAAAAGUUACAAUAUAAAACGAUAAAAUAAACACAUUUUAAAUUAUAAAAACAAAUAAUAAAUAAAUAAACACCUCCAGAUAACACACUUUUGAAAGUUACCUCUCCAACGAGUCAAUAAUUAUUUUAAAUAAAAGAGAUGUGAUCGUUGUUUGUAGUUGAAAGGGAGUAAUAAAAUAAUUUUAAAUCAAUAUAAAAAAGACUUGAGUUUGAUUUCGAAGCAAUAACCUUCCAUUUGUGUAUAUAACAUUUUUCACAAACGGUAAUCAGUUUUCUUUUAACACAUCAUCAUCAUCAUCAUCAUCAUCAUCAUCAUCAUCAUCAUCACGACAGAUGCUAAUACAGAAGUCAUCUGCAGGUGUCGCCAAACACAAUGAAUCAACCAACAGUUGAACUACAGUUGAUCAUCCUCAAGUUAGAUUACAUUUUGAAGGUGAUAAAACGGAUUAUCGGUUACUCAUAUCACCGUUUUGUUUGUUUAAGUUCUAUUUAAACAUAAAGUGUCUAUCUAAACAUCAAAAAAUCUCAAUAGAUCAGAAAGAGACAACAACAAACUUCACUACUGUUUUAGCAUUGCAAAUUAAACUGUGACCUGUAAAGUCAUCGCGAAUAAGGGCAGGUUUGCAUAUGACCACCGCUUAUACACACUCAAAUAGAUCUAAUGCUGUCUCUGUCAAGUGCACGUUAAAUUAGCGGAGUCUUCCUGCACUUGAAAUCGAUGUGCGCCGCUGGGCACGAGAACACUCGUCAAAGUGUUUGACUUCACUGUCACAGAGAACACAAUGGGAUGCGCUUCUAGCACUCAGACCACCACUCAAGACACAACUCGAGCCAGCACCAAACAAGAUGGGAGCACAUCUGGCAAUGAAAAUGGUGGUCUUGCAGCAGACACCGAUCUUGAUUUUACAGAGGGAGUUCAGAGUUCUGCGGCUGCUACAGCUCACAGUGAGCCAGGAGCAGCUCCGGCUGAUGCCCCAGCAGAAGCAGCUGCUGACCAGCCUGCAGAAUCUGAACCCAACCCCUCCACAACAGCCGAAAGUACUGAAGAAUCUGCACCAGCACCAAGUGAAAACACAACUGAGGGCCAAGCAGAUUCCUCCCCUCCGGAGGAAGCAACAGCUACUGGUGAAGACAGUUAAGUGUGCAUCGGUUGCCAGAGUUUCAGCAGAAUCCAGAUUGGAACACAUAUUUCCAGCACAAUCAGGAUUUCACUUGAGAUGUUUAAAACUACAGUGAAACAGUAGUUUCUUUAG